UUUGACCGAGUCACAGAGUGGGCAUGCCCACAUCUGCCCGGCAACACAUUGAUUGGCGGUAAGCCCUGCCUUUGCUGACACCGAUUUUCCUUCGCAUGGGACAGGCUUUCAGAGAGAAUCGGACUUGCUGUCAGAUUCCUAUCACGCACGGCCACUGGCUGGGGGCAGGGAACCAGGGGAGCUCUGAUAACUUCCAUCAGCUCGCCCAUCUGUCCGUGGCUGGAAACCCCGCCGAGAAGCGGACGGACUUCGGUCGUGCGUCCUCUUGCCACAGGCGGGACCUUUGGUGCUGCGCUCGCAGAAGCCACACAUGCUCGAGGAGAUUUAGACGCCAGCUGAGAGGGGAGGAAAGGGAUGCUCUUUUUGCUGGGGGGCUAACCGUUGUGAGAACGCGUAUCUCUCUCUCUCUCUCUCUGACUUGAAGGUACAGUACUUCCAGAAGCGCGUUUGAGGGCUGAGCAAGCGGCAUGGUGUCAAGCUGUCUCUGGUGCCUUGUUCUGGUGGCUGCGCUUCUACUGAAGUUGUUUCCUGGCGCGGCUGCAGCCACCGCGGGCACCUGGGCGCGGAGAACCUUCGUCCACCACGCCGUGCUGGACGCUAACGGCAAGUACCACCUCAGGUGGAAAGGCGACAACACCAGCAUCACCUUCGAGGUGGAGGUGGAAACCAGGGGCUACGUUGGAUUUGGGAUCUCCCCGACGGGGUCCAUGGCUCAGUCGGACAUGGUGAUUGGAGGUGUUGCAAAUGGACGCCCGUAUCUUAAGGAUUAUAAUACUUUGAACCUUGAUGGAAAACUGAAUAAAGAUUACCGUCAAGAUUAUCGUCUUGAAUAUGGCAUGGAAAAUAGUACACACACAGUCAUUGCCUUCUCAAGGGAUUUGAAUACUUGUGACUAUCAAGAUAAGAUUAUAACGGAUAACACCGUAAGGGUGAUUUGGGCCUAUCAUCCUAAUGAUGUGGGGCAAGAUGGUCCACAGUAUCACUCAUCAAACCGUGGAAGGAAAAGUCUUCAUCUGUUGAACCCCAAAAUGGAUUCUUCUAUUCCUAGUGACGUACUUAUAUUCAAUAUUAGGCAUCGUAACGUCUUGAUACCUAACAAGGACACAACUUACUGGUGCCAAAUCUUUAAAUUGCCCAAGUUAACCAAAAAGCAUCAUGUAGUAAGGGUUGAACCCAUUAUUCAGAAAGGACAUGAACAUUUGGUACAUCAUAUUCUCCUUUAUCAGUGCCACAGCAGCUUAAAUGAUAGUGCCCUUGACAUUGGGCAUGAAUGCUACCAUUCCAAUAUGCCAGAUGAUUUUUUACGUUGUGAAAGUAUCAUUGUAGCAUGGGCAAUUGGAGGAAAGGGAUUUUCCUUCCCCCCUAAUGUUGGACUUUCACUUGGAACACCAGGCGACCCCACAUAUGUGAUGAUGGAAGUGCAUUAUGAUAACCCGAGCUUUCAGGAAGGAUACGUGGACAGCUCUGGUUUGAAACUGAUCUACACACCUGUGUUGAGGAAGAAUGAUGCUGGAGUUAUUGAAACUGGUGUCUGGGUUAGUCUUUACCAUAUGAUACCACCUGCUAUGUCAAGCUAUCUUUCACAAGGUCACUGCAGCAUAGAAUGCCUACACGAAGCUUUGUCUCAGGAAAAGGCAUCUGGGAUCCAUGUAUUUGCUGUUCUUCUCCAUUCACAUCUUGCAGGACGAGCCCUGAGAAUACGCCAUUUCAGAAAUAGUGUAGAGCAACCUCUCCUUGCAUAUGAUAAUGAGUUCGACUUCAAUUUUCAAGAAUUUCGCUACCUGAAAGAGGAGAGAGUUCUUCUGCCGGGUGACAGCUUGGUGACAGAAUGCCAAUAUAACACAAAAUCCCGCAAGAAUAUGACCUGGGGUGGCCUAAGUACAAGGGAUGAAAUGUGUUUGUCUUACUUGCUCUACUACCCAAAAAUAGAUCUUUCCAGAUGUGAAAGCCUUCCAGAAAUAGCUCCACAGUUGAAGUUUAUUGGCGUGAAAGAAAUUUAUCAACCAGUCAUGACUUGGCCAUUUAUCAUAAAAAGCCCUAAGAAGUACAAAGAUCUUUCCUUCACUGAAGCCAUGAAUAAAUUUAGAUGGUCUGGAAAGAAAGGAAGGGAGUUUAACAACCUUGUGAAUAGAAUUGAGAUGAACGUUCGGUGUGCUAAACACGAUCAAAGGGAAUGGCAGGUAAAUGGCAUACCAAUAUUACCACCAGCAAUAAAGCCUUGGGAGCCAAAAAUGGAGCAACUGUUGCCCUGUCGGACAACGUGUCAAUGCUAUCAUCCACUUCCUAUACUUCUGUCACUCACCUUGUGUGCUGUUCUUACUACAGGAAUGUAAUUCAUUUGUGAAAACUUAAAAUGCAUUGGAUAUUUUCAUAUUUAAAUGCUUUUUAUGCUGAGAAUGAAUUUGCACUAUCACCUUGCAAGAUAAUUCUUUUCAAUAAAGACAUUUAUA